AUGGCCUUCAAUGACCUCCUGCUGCAGUUGGGGGGCGUCGGCCGCUUCCAGAAGAUCCAGGUCACCCUGGUGAUCCUCCCUGUGAUCCUGAUGGCCUCCCACAACACCCUGCAGAACUUCACCGCCGCCAUCCCCACCCACCACUGCCGCCCACCUGCCGACACCAACCUCAGCGAGGAAGGGGACCUGGAUGCCUGGCUGCCCCGGGAUGGGCAGGGGCGGCCUGAGUCCUGCCUCCUCUUCACCUCCCCCCAGCGGGGACCGCCCUUUCCCAAUGGCACAGAGACCAACGGCACAGGGGCCACAGAGCCCUGCCCCCACGGCUGGAUCUACGACAACAGCACCUUCCCUUCCACCAUCGUCACUGAGUGGGACCUCGUGUGCUCUCACAGGGCCUUACGCCAGCUGGCUCAGUCCUUAUACAUGAUGGGAGUGCUUUUCGGAGCCAUGAUAUUCGGGUGCCUAGCAGACAGGCUGGGCCGCCGGAGGGUGCUGAUCUUCAACUACCUGCAGACAGCUGUAUCAGGAACCUGUGCCGCCUUCGCUCCCAACUUCCCUGUCUACUGCGCCUUCCGGCUCCUCUCGGGCAUGUCACUAGCUGGCGUUGUCCUCAACUGCAUGACACUGAAUGUGGAGUGGAUGCCCAUCCACACACGGGCCUACGUGGGCACCCUGACCGGCUAUACCUACAGCCUGGGCCAGUUUCUCCUGGCUGGUGUGGCCUAUGCUGUGCCCCACUGGCGUUACCUACAGCUGUUGGUCUCUGUGCCCUUUUUUGCCUUCUUCAUCUACUCCUGGUUCUUCAUUGAGUCAGCCCGCUGGUACGCUUCCUCCGGGAGGCUGGACCUCACCCUGAGAAAUCUGCAGAGAGUGGCCUGGAUCAAUGGGAAGCAGGAAGAGGGGGCCAAUCUAAGUACGGAGGCGCUCCAGGCCAGUCUGCAGAAGGAGCUGACCACAGGCAAGAGCCAGGCCUCGGCCCUGGAGCUGCUGCGCUGCCCUGCCCUUCGCCACCUCUUCCUCUGCCUCUCCAUGCUGUGGUUUGCCACUAGCUUUGCCUACUACGGGCUGGUCAUGGACCUGCAGGGUUUUGGGGUCAGCAUCUACCUAAUCCAGGUGAUCUUUGGUGCUGUGGACCUGCCUGCCAAGCUUGUGAGCUUCCUUGUCAUCAACAAUGUGGGCCGCCGGCCUGCCCAGAUGGCCUCACUGCUGCUGGCAGGCAUCUGCAUCCUCAUCAAUGGGGUGGUACCCCAGGAUAAGUCCAUUGUCCGAACCUCUCUUGCUGUACUGGGGAAGGGCUGUCUGGCUUCCUCCUUCAACUGUGUCUUCCUGUACACUGGGGAGGUGUACCCCACAAUGAUCCGGCAGACGGGCUUGGGAAUGGGCAGCACCCUGGCGCGAGUGGGCAGCAUUGUGAGCCCGCUGGUGAGCAUGACCGCCGAGCUCUACCCCUCCGUGCCUCUCUUUAUCUACGGUGCUGUCCCGGUGGCUGCCAGCGCUGCCGUUGCCCUCCUGCCGGAGACCCUGGGCCAGCCACUGCCAGACACGGUGCAAGACGUGGAAAACAGGAGGAGAGGGAAAACGAGGAAGCAGCAAGAGGAGCUGCAGAAGCAGAUGGUCCCGCUCCAGGCUUCGGCACAAGUGAAGAACUGA